AUGAUCUCGUCGAAAUUGUCUGUAAUUCUGGGUUUGAUGCUGCCAGGCGCCUGGGCGACAUCGUACUCGCAAAUUAUGGAAUACGCCGGGCAGAGCUUCUUCGACGGUUGGGACUUCUACGGAUCCUUUGACAAUCUCACCAAUGGUGAUGCCAUCUUCGUGUCCGCGGACCAGGCGGAGAGCCUGAAGCUGGCGUACGUGAACGACGCCGGAAAUGCCAUCAUGAAGGUGGACAACAUAUCGACUGUGGCAUUUAACCAGAAGCGGAACACCAUUCGUAUUAAUACCAAGGACCGGUACGAUGUCGGCAGCGUGUGGAUCACGGAUAUGCUGCAUGUACCAUUCGGGUGUUCGGUAUGGCCCGCUUGGUGGUCGCAGGCUCCCAAGUGGCCAGAUGGCGGGGAGAUCGACACUUUCGAAGGCGUUAACCAGGUUACCAUGAACCAAAUGGCGCUCCACACAGAACCUGGCUGCACACAAGUUAGCCCCGUGCAAUCUAGCCCCCUGGUCAACUCGACGGAUUGCUCAUUCGAAGCGAAUAGCAACCAGGGAUGCGUCGUGACAAACCCGACCACCCAGUCGUAUGGGGAAGCCUUUGCGCAAGCCGGUGGAGGCAUGUUUGUCACCGAGUUCGCGUCCACGGGUAUCUCAAUAUGGUUCUUCCCUCGUGCAAGCAUCCCGAAUUCACUGCAGGGAAACGCCAGCUCCGUGGAUACCUCCACCCUUGGCCAACCAGUAGCGAACUGGCCCAACGGCGGCUGCAACAUCAACAAGUUCUUCCAGCCCCAGAGCCUUAUCUUCGACAUCACGCUCUGCGGUGACUUCGCUGGCAACGCCGCGACUUUCUCCCAAACGUGCUCGGGCUCCUGCUACCCCGACUACGUCGUCGGCAAGGGCUCGACGUACGACAACGCGUACUUCGAGGUGCAGUACGUCCGCGUGUACGGCGCGAACGGGAAGAACACGACCAUCUCCGCGGCGCCCGCGUCGAUAUCGCGACCCAGCACGGCGUCUGUGGCGGGCAUAGCUGCGGCUGCCGCCCUGCUCGGGGUAGCUUCCUGGUGA